AUGGUGGUCUUCGACGCAGUCAGUGCGGACGGCCUUUCAUCCGUCGUACUCAUUCCUUUCUCAGGUCCGAUCGUGGGAUCUCACUAUCCUCAAUUCUUACUUCAAGUUGUCACUCCUGAAGGAGAGAUUUUCAACCAGCUCAUCGAAUACGGUCCGAAGGGUAUCAUGUACGUGUCAACCAAAGGGGAUGGAUCAAGUGGUGUGAUUGGAGAUGGAGAUUCUGUUUGGAUUGGGAAACCAGAUUUGGGGAAGUAUGAUCUGAAAGUUGAUUUAGAGAGAUAUAACGUUAGUGGGACUGUCACUUUAAUCUCUGCGGCAGACCCUUUCGUAUUUUGUGAUGAGAUCGGACCUGAAGCCAGUACAAGUGGUUUCUGGUUUUUGAAUUGGAUCAACCUCAUGGGCGAUGCAGUAGCUGUAGUCGAUCUGAAAGUGGGUGAUGAGAGAGUAGCAUUCACUGGAAAUGGAUAUCACGAUAAGAAUUGGGGACCAGUUCAUUUCAAGCAAUAUAUCCACCAUUGGUAUUGGGGUCAUGGACGAGCAGGUGAUUAUAGUGUAGUAUGGUACAAGAUGGUCACAUCUUUCGGAAUGAUCAAAUCGGGUGCAUGGGUAUCUAAAGAUGGUCAAACGGUGGUAUCAGCUUGUGUAGAAGAUAAUUCGGUGGAUGUGAUUCCUUUCGGUAAUAACGUUACGAUACCUCCUAAUCGACCUAACAAUACGGAUAAUAUCGAAGGAUUCAACAUUACCAUCAACGGAGGAGGGAGAGAAGGUGAAUCCUAUGUGUUCGUAUUUGAAGAGAAUGUCUGGACACCCGGUUAUGCGGGGACGUACGCUAGGUGGAUUGGGAAUUUUACGGGAGGGAAGAUCGGAGAAGAAUGGGAUAGCGGUGUAGGAGUCACAGAACAGAUGGGUCCUUUCGUUGGACCUUCUUGA